CUCUGCGUGUGGGAAGGAGGGGACAACGGCUGCCCAGCUCAGAGACCUGCCCGAGGCACCAGACACCACCAGCCGGCCAAGAUGGGCGCCCCUUCCUCUCUUGCCACUUUGCUCCUGGCAAUGCUGUGGGCACAGGAUGUCAGCUGCUCUGUGGGGGCCGUUCCUGCUGCCCCGGUCCUGCACCUGUGGCAGCCGCAGGCCGGAGCGGGAAGGGUGAAGCGGGCCUGGGUGAUCCCGCCCAUCAGCGUGUCCGAGAACCACAAGCGGAUCCCUCACCUUCUGGUGCAGAUUAAAUCUGACAAGCAGCAGCCCGGGGGGGUCAUCUACAGCAUCAAGGGGCCCGGCGUGGACGAGGAGCCCUGGGGGGUCUUCUCCAUCGACAAGCUCACCGGGAAAGUCUACCUCAACACUAUGCUGGACCGGGAAAAGAACGACCACUUCCGGCUCAAGGCCUUUGCGCUGGACCUGGGCGGAGUGACCCUGGAAGACCCCACCGAUCUGGAGAUCGUGGUCAUGGACCAGAACGACAACCGGCCACUCUUCCGGCAAAACGUGUUCUCUGCGCACGUGGUGGAAGGAGCAGUCCCAGGUACCUUCGUGAUGAAGGCCGAAGCGACGGAUGCAGACGACCCCGAGACUGACAACGCGGCGCUGAGAUAUUCCAUCUUGGAGCCUGCCGUGAAUGGCGUCUUUGAAAUGGAUGAGCUCUCUGGGGAGAUACGGACGGCUCAAGUCCGACUUGACCGGGAGGUCGUUGGCGUUUACAACCUGACCCUCCAAGCGGCUGACAUGUCUGGGGAGGGGCUCACCACCACAGCAAGCGCAGUGAUCCACGUCGACGAUAUCAAUGACAACCCCCCUGAGUUCUCUGCAAAGGAGUUCCUCCUGGAGGCCCCGGAGAACAAGGAGGGCGUGGUCGUUGGGCGGCUGAUGGUGCAAGACAAGGACCUCCCCGGCUCCCCCAACUGGCUGGCCAAGUUCACCAUCCUGGAAGGGGACCCCGAGGGUGCUUUCGCCAUCCAGACGGACCCCCACACCAACGACGGCAUCGUCUCUCUCGUGAAGGCCCUGGACCACGAGCGACGGGACCGUUUUGAGCUGCUCGUCUCCGUCCAGAACCAAAGUCCCCUGGAACUCUCUGCCCCGAAGGCUGCCAGGGCUUUGGCUACCGUGCGGGUGCGGGUGCUGGAUGCCAACGAAGCCCCCUUCUUCCGGGAGAAUCCCUGGAGGGGGAGGGUGGACGAAGGGGCGCCCCCUGGCACUGAGAUCACCGUCUACCGCGCAAGCGACCCUGACACCCACCAGGCGCAGGAGCUCAGGUACUCGCAGGCCUCCAACCUGGACAGCUGGCUCCAAGUCGACGCCGAGUCUGGCCUGGUGCGCACACGCGAGACGGUGCCUCCCCGGGCAACCUUCCCAGAGGGGUGGUACACCACACAGAUCCUGGCCUGUGACAAUGGAAGCCCCCCCCUCACAGCCACAGGGACCCUCUCCAUUGAAGUGGUGGAGGUCAACGACCAUGCGCCGCUCCUGCUUCCAGGGUCUGGGGAGCUGUGCCAGCAGGGGGGCAGCCUGGUGCUGAGCGCCACCGACCAGGAUCUGGCUCCCCACGCCGAACCCUUCCGCUUCCGUUUUGGCACCAGCGGGACCCCUCUGGCCCACAACUGGAGCCUCAGUCACUCCAACGCCACCCACGCAUUGCUGCAGCCCCGGGGAGAAGUGGCCGAAGGGCUCCACAUCCUGCCCGUCCUCGUCAGCGACUCGGGGCGCCCCCCGCGGGAGCGGGAGCAGCUGCUGAACGUGUCCGUGUGUGCCUGCAACGAGGAGGGCGCGUGCCAGGCCCGUGCCGCAGCCGUGGUGGGCACCGUGGCCGGCCUCAGCUUCGGGGCCCUGCUGGUCAUCCUGAGCAGCGCUGCCCUACUCCUGGUGCUGGUGCUGCUAGUGGCCGGCUUGGAGCACUCCCGCCGCCGGGCGUUCCGCAAGAGCCUGCUGGGUGGCUCGCAGGAUGAUUUUCGGGACAACGUCCUCAACUACGACGAACAGGGAGGAGGCGAAGAGGACCAGGACGCCUAUGACAUCAACCAGCUGCGCAACCCAGACCUCCUGUUCUCUCCUCCCUCCCCCCGGAUCAAGCCCCCCCUCCGGAAGGACCAUCCCUACGGCUACAGCUUGCCUCAGUAUCCUCGCCGGGUGCCUGCCGGCCCUUCGGACAUAGAAGACUUCAUCAAUGAGGGUCUGGAAGUGGCCGAUGCCGACCCCGGCGUGCCUCCCUACGACACCGCCCUCAUCUACGACUACGAGGGGGACAGCUCAGCCGGCGGGUCCCUCAGCUCCAUCCUCUCCAGCUUGGAGGACGACGAUCAGGAUUACGACUACCUCAACGAGUGGGGGCCGCGCUUCCGGCGCUUGGCGGAGCUCUACGGCCAGUAAGGAGAAGCCACGGAGGAGGAGGGAGGGAGGUGGGGAGAGACAGUUUGAUGAGGGGUGCCGAGACCAGACACCGUGUGGACAUCCCAGGAGCCACGGCAAAGCCCGGGACUUCACCGACAACCCCAGACAGGCUGCAGCCAUCUUCUUUCCUGGGGCCCUGGCUGGGUGUGAAACCGGACCCUCCUCCCUGUGCAGGAACAGCUCCAGAGGUCCCCACUUCCUGCAGGCAACAGCCCCCACCCUCUGGGUGGGGGGCAGCCGUGGGCGCACCGGAAGCAGACCUCCUUGGGUGUCAAGACCAGUGCCAGGGAGGGAAAGACCUGAUGCCUUCAGGGGACCAGACGUUGGCCAAGGCACUGCAAAAAGAGCAGAGCAACCCCCCCCCCAUGGGAAUGGAGAUGGGGGGAGCAUUUCUUGCCACCCGGACAAAAGAGAGUGAGGGGCUGCAGGUGGAUCAGCAAACAAAGAGAUGGUCUCAGUCCAGAGAACUUACAAUAUAUGAAUCAUGCAACUGUGAUAAAGAAGCAUUCGCAAUUUUUUAUCUAAAGAUGUUAUAAAGGUAAAGGUUCCCUUGCUCGAAAGCCAGUCGAAUCUGACUCUAG